AUUCAAUUUGCAGCGGAGAGGAGCUCCCCAUUGGAUUUUUGCGCUCAUUUGUUUAGUUGAUUUCGUUAAAAUUUAGCUAGCGCUGUUGAUUUUUGUGCGUACAACUUGUGUCGCUGAUCGUCUUAAAGUGAGCUUGUUGCUGCUUGUCGUAGCAGACGUAAAGAAGUGCUCGAGUGUGUUGGUCGUGCUGUUGAAGUAUAUCCCAUCGCUCUGUACAAUAGUACAUGUUAAUCAUUAAGUGUGCACUGUUAAUAUUAGUAAAUCCGAAUGUGUUUCAAAGUGUGAAAAGUAAUUGAAAUAUACAUAGUGUUAACAUUUACACAGAAAUAUGCAGUUAUUAAAACAAGUGGUGUUUAACCAAACGUUACUUUUGUGGCUUGGACUCUGGUCCUGUUGCACUUGGGCGUCAACAAAUGCUGCGACAACGGAUGCGAGCAAUGAAGCGGCAAUCGAGGAAGGAGCGAAACACAUCAAAGUAUUUACCGUGGCGACAGAACGCACCGAUGGAUAUUUGCGGUACUUGCGUUCAGCAAAGCGUGUCUAUGACAUUGAGGUGAAUACGCUUGGUAUGGAUGAGGAGUGGAAAGGUGGCGAUAUGAAUGGUUUGGGUGGCGGCUAUAAGAUACGUUUGCUGCGCGAGGCCGUUAAGCCCUUCAAAGAUGAGAAGAAUACAAUUAUUUUGUUCACCGACAGCUACGAUGUCGUCUUCACCAGCGGCCUUAAUGAGAUCUAUCGUAAAUUCAAAGAAUUUGGCGCGCGUGUGCUGUUCUCUGCGGAGAAAUUCUGUUGGCCCGAUGUAAAAUUGGCGAAGGCAUAUCCACCGGUAUCAGAGGCCAACUCCUCACCUUACCUCAACUCAGGCGCCUUCAUCGGCUAUGCGCCGGAGAUCUAUAGCAUUUUAAGCGCUGAGGAUAUCAAAGAUGACGACGAUGAUCAACGUUAUUAUACGAAAAUCUUCCUCGACACAGAUAAACGCAAGCAAUUGCACAUACAGUUGGACACACAAUCGCGUUUGUUCCAGAAUUUGAAUGGCGCACGCGAAGAUGUCAAGCUGAAUGUGGACUUGGAUUCGAAUGAGGGCAUAUUGCAGAAUAUCAACUUCAUGACAGAACCGAGCAUUAUACAUGGCAAUGGGCCGAGUAAAAUAGAGUUGAAUGCAUUUGCAAAUUAUUUGGCGAAAACUUUUAACGGUCAGUGUUUGAUAUGCCAGGAGGAUCGUUUGGAGUUGCAAGAAAAAAAUCUGCCCGUUGUGUCAGUAGCGCUCAUCGUUACACAAACAGUGCCUUUCUUCGGUAUGUUCCUGCAGAAAAUCGAAAAUCUCAACUAUCCCAAGGAGAAUUUGCAUCUAUAUAUUUACAGUAAUCAAAAAUUCCAUGAUGACAUGGCUUUAGCCUUCCUUAAGCGCGUUGAGAAGGAGUAUCGCAGCGCGAAAAUUGUGCUUUCCAGCGAUGAGCUGAGUGAGCAGCGUGGUCGUGAAUUGGCGCUCCAACAAGCCAAGCAAAAGCAGAGCGAUUAUAUAUUCUUUGUGGACGCCGCUGUGCAAGUAGAUGAUCCACAAUUGCUGCGCGAAUUGUUAAUAAUGAAUAGACAAUUUGUUGCGCCUGUGGUGAGCAAAUACGAUGAAUUAUGGAGCAAUUUCUGGGGUGCACUUUCCGAUGGCGGCUAUUAUGCGCGCUCGCACGAUUAUGUGGACAUUGUGAAGAUCUCAUUUACCGGCAUGUGGAAUGUCCCGUAUGUGUCCAGUGUUUAUCUGAUCAAGAGCAGUGCAUUCAAACAUAUCUCGUAUCAGCAUCGUGAUUAUGACCCCGAUAUGGCAAUGUGCGAAUCACUACGCAAGGCUGGUGUCUUCAUGUACGUCACCAACCACAAUACCUUUGGUCAUUUGGUGAAUGCCGAUAAUUUCGACACCACUGUCGCACGCCCGGACUUUUACACGCUAUUCAGCAAUAAAUUCGAUUGGGUGAGAAAGUAUAUACAUCCGAGUUAUUUUAAAUACCUGGAACCCAAUGCAACGAUUGAACAACCAUGUCCGGAUGUCUUCUGGUUCCAAGUCGGUACCGAUGCUUUUUGCGAUGAUAUGGUGGCGAUUAUGGAAAACUAUGGCAAAUGGUCGGAUGGCAGCAAUAAGGAUCAACGUUUAGAGGGUGGCUACGAAGCGGUGCCCACACGUGACAUACACAUGAAACAGGUGGGCCUAGAUGGAUUGUGGCUGCGUUUCCUGGAUUAUAUUGUGCGUCCACUGCAGGAGAAAGUUUUCCUGGGCUACUAUCAUAAUCCACCACGUUCGCUAAUGAACUUCGUUGUGCGCUAUCGGCCCGAUGAGCAGCCUUCACUACGUCCACAUCAUGACUCCUCCACCUACACGAUCAAUAUCGCAUUGAAUAGGGUGGAUGAGGAUUAUGAGGGCGGCGGUUGCAAUUUCCUACGCUACAACUGUAAGGUGGAGAAGACGCGCAAAGGUUGGAUGUUCAUGCAUCCAGGACGUUUGACGCACUAUCACGAAGGCUUGAAGGUGACAAAUGGCACGCGUUACAUAAUGAUUUCAUUUGUUGAUCCAUAAGCCAUGCUGCAUAUUGCACAGCGGAUGAUGAUUACUAGAAUUUAAGCAAAAACUGCCAUUGGCCUGUCCAAAGAUUACCUUUAGUUGCUUUGUAGUUGCUUUCCUUAUGAAUACAAUGGAAUCUCCAAAAGCUUUCUUAGUUAACGUAUCGAAUCGUAAGAGUCUACUUAAUUCUACACUACUGUAUGCAUAUGAACAAAGUCUAAAAAAUAAAAAAAUACUAUUAUUUAAAUAUACACAAUUCAUGAAAAUGCAUACAAACUUAUAUAAAUACAACCAAUACAUACAGACAUACACGUAUAUGACUACUUAUCUCAAGAACAAAUGUGAAAAUCUAGUUGCAUGCAUAUCGUGCGUAAAAUUGCUGAAUACUCGUCAUUAUAAAUGAAUUUAUUAUGUUUUACAAUAUCAACUAACUAAUAAGUGAAGCUGCAUUUAACCAAAACAAUCCCAAUGAAUUGAUACAGUCAAACUACUAUUAUAUACUCGUAAUUGACAAUUUUUUGUACAACAUUUUAUAUUUACCUUAACAAUUAACAAUUAGCUGAUGUACUCGUAUGUGUUUGCUAAAAAAGUGAUUGAUUUAUAAGCAAUGAACAAAUAAAAUUUUUUAUGUAAAAUAGUAAUAUAAA